ACCGACCAAACCCAAACCGAAAGUACACAGCAAGGGCUUUUUGCCAUCAGGCCUCCCCCAGCACUACUACAAAACUCAUUUAACUUAAAAAACAGUAACAUGAAAAAGCCCGAACUGUUUACCAGUUCUGAGACCGCCCCAGAGGUGCCUCCUUGGCACCCGUGGUACCGACAGACGCGAUGAAACGCAGAGGAGAAGCAGUUGGCCAUGAGUGAAGCCAGUGAGGAGUCAGGACAGGGCUCCCCUGCCCCGCUCUCCUCUCCUUGGCCCCAGGCAGCACCUUGCCCCCCUCCAAACUGGCCCCAGGCACGGCAGUGACAGAGGAUUUGUGGCUUCAUCGCUGGCAUUAGCGAGCCUGGGCCUCAGCUUCCUCCUGUGUGAGCUGGGACAAGGGCAGCUGGUGCUGGCAUCUGGGGAAAUUUAGACCCAGGGUAAAUAAGAUUAAACAGUUGCAGGGGAAUCACAGGGCUGGUUUUGCUCAGAACAACCACCAACAGGGUGUAGGUCCAGGGUCCAGGGUCAUCUGGGCUGUGGUUAAGCGGAGGCUGAGGGCAGCCAAGGAGCGAGGGGGCCGGGGGGCCCAGGACCCCAUGGCCUGUGGAGGGGGGUCACAGCCAUCCCGGGCCCCCCCAUAUCUGUUAUGUCACAGUGGGGCAUAUUCCAGUGCCACCAGACAUGACAAGGUUUCUGAGACGGUGCUGGAGAGCCAGGACAAAGCCCUGGAGCACCUGAGGGAGAAGCACCUUCCCCUGCCUCAGGCUGCAACAUGGGCGACAGCUGGGCACCCGCCGGCUCUUCGUCCGCAAACGUGGAGAGGAAGAUGAGUCCUACGUCUUGUGCCAUCUUCAGUGAGCUUUGCCAGGAAGGGAAACUCUGUGAUGCAGUCAUCAGUGUGGAUGGCGUUGAAUUCAAUGCUCACAAGAUCAUCCUCUGCAGUUGCAGUCACUAUUUCAGGGCUUUGUUUACCAGCGGCUGGAGCAAUGCAGACAAGAGAGUAUAUAAAAUCCUUGGCACUUCACCUGAAAUGAUGAGGCUCAUUAUUGACUACGCCUACACCCGGACAGUACCAGUCACAGCUGACAACGUGGAAAAUUUGCUAACUGCAGCAGACCAGUUCAAUGUCAUGGGCAUCGUCAGGCUGUGCUGCGAGUUCUUACAAUCCCAGCUAUGCUUGGAAAAUUGUGUCGGCAUCUGGAGACUCACAGGCUGUUACUACUGCCCUGACCUGCGAGAAGCAGCCCAUCUGUUCAUCCUGCACCACUUCGCGGAGAUGACCAAGGUGUCUACGGAGUUCCUAGACCUCUCUGUGGACGACCUGAAGCACAUCAUUGAGAAGGAGGAGCUCAAUGUCACACAAGAGGAAGCCGUGUUCGAGGCUGUUCUGCAAUGGAUUGCUCACGACCCGGGGAGCAGGAGGCAGCACGUCGCAGUCUUGCUGGGCGAGGUUCGGCUGGCACUGAUGCAGGCAGAAUACCUCAUGAACAGAGUCAAAACACACGAUUAUGUGAAGGACAACGAGGAGUGCAAAGUUCUCAUCAGAAAAGCACUGACAGAAAUGUACAACUGGAAUAUGCACGGCCCAUCUUACUCCGAUUUCGCCAGCCAGCUCAGCCAGCCUCGCCUGCCCUUUGCCGUCUUGUUUGCGAUCGGAGGCUGGAGCGGGGGGAGCCCGACCAACGCCAUCGAGGCGUACAACGCCCGUGCAGAGCAGUGGCUGAACGUCACCUGUGAGCAGGAGAGCCCCCUUGCCUACCACGGCACUGUGUAUUUAAAGGGUUUUGUCUACGUUGUCGGAGGAUUCGACGGCGUGGAUCGCUUGAGCAGCGUCAAGCGGUUCGACCCACUGAAGAAAACAUGGCAGCAGGUGGCCCCCAUGCACUCGCAGCGCUGCUACGUCAGCGUCGCCGUCCUCCACAACUGCAUCUACGCCCUGGGGGGGUUUGACGGACACGUGCGCCUCGACACGGCGGAACGGUACGAGCCGGAGACGAACCAGUGGACACUGAUCGCCCCCAUGCACGAGCAGCGGAGCGAUGCCAGCGCGACCGCGCUGCGUGAGAAGGUGUAUAUCUGUGGUGGGUUCAAUGGACAUGAAUGCUUGAUCACAGCUGAAGUGUACGAUGCCACAACAAAUCAAUGGACCUUUAUAGCCCCGAUGAGAAGCAGAAGAAGCGGAGUGGGUGUCACUGCGUACAGAGACAAAGUGUAUGCGGUGGGAGGGUGCGAUGGAGUCAACCGGCUUCGGAGCGUGGAAGCCUACAGCCCCGGGGCCAACAUGUGGCGCACGGCCCCCGACAUGUUAAGUCCUCGCAGCAACUUUGGCAUUGCAGUGGUGGAGGAUCUUCUGCUCGUGGUUGGUGGCUACGACGGCUUUACUACGACUUUCAGUGUCGAGUGUUACGACGGGAACACUAGUGAGUGGUACGACGUUGACGACAUGGGCAGGGACCGCAGCGCGCUGAGCUGCUGCGUGGUGCCGGGUCUGCGGAACGUCCGGGAGUACGCUGCCAGACGAGAGCACCGCAGGGACAGCUUAGGGGACGUCAGCUUCCCUUCUUCAGCGAGCAGCCUGCCUGUAUAA